CUCUUCCAAGUACGUAAACAUAUAUUAUUUUGAUAAUACUGACGCAAUGAUAAUAACAAGCUUGCUCGAAAGAACCAUACUCUUAUAUCUUUAUAAUUAUGGACAAUCUUUCACUUCUCCAUUAGCUGCGAUAUAUUUCAAAAGAAAAUCUUGAUUAUAUUUGGAACUGGUGAAAUUUUUUUGCGAUGGGAAUAAUCAAGAAGUUCACGUUUUUAACAUUUUUGGCUAGAAAUGUACGCGAUCAAAAAUGUCGAUUUUUCUCCGUAAGCUACUUUCGAUACGGAGCUGUCGUCCCCUUCAAACUAUCGGAUAUCGGAGAAGGAAUUCGAGACGUCACGAUAAAAGAAUGGUACGUGAAACCAGGCGACCGAGUGUCUCAAUUCGAUAACAUUUGUGAGGUUCAAAGCGACAAAGCAUCUGUGACGAUUACCAGCCGUUACGACGGAUUAAUUAAAGCCUUGCACUACAAGGUGGAUGAUAUAGCUCUGAUAGGGAAUUCAUUGCUGGACAUUGAAUUAGAUGAUGAUAAUGGAAACGCACAAGAUAGAACAACAAUCUCUGAGAAUCCGCAGCAACAGCAACAACAAACCACAAAUACUAAAAAUAAACAAAAUUUUGAAAGCGACGAAGAAAAACACAUAGUAAAAUGUGGGUUAGAAAAAACCUUAGCCACUCCUGCAGUUAGAAGGAUAGCUAUGGAGAAGAAUAUUAACUUAAAGGAUGUUGUUUCCACUGGUAAAAAUGGUCGAGUACUUAAAGAAGAUAUAUUGACUCACUUGGAAAAAAUUUCUGUUAACUCUAUAAGAAAAAGAAUUGAAGAAAAACCAAUAGUGGAGACAGUGGUACCGAUAAAAGGUUAUAGUAAAUAUAUGUGGAAAACGAUGACGCAAUCCUUGAAUAUACCACAUUUUGUAUACAGCGAUGAGUGUAACAUUAACAAAUUGAUAGAUUACCGGAACGAAGUGAAAGAUUCACUGAAAGAUCAAAGCGUUUCAUUAAGUUUCAUGCCAUUCUUCAUAAAGGCCGCAUCUAGAGCAUUAGAAAAAGUGCCACAACUAAACAGCUGGCUUGAUGAAGAAAAUCAAGCGUUGCGCGUUCAGAAGAGUCAUAAUAUUGGUAUUGCUAUGGAUACAUCUGAAGGUUUAAUUGUACCAAAUAUUAAAGAUGUUCAAAAUUUGAAUAUCAUAGAAAUUGCGAAAGAAUUGAAUCGACUACAAAAACUUGGAAGAAAAUCUUCGAUUCCAUUAAACGAUAUAUCGAAUACAACAUUCACGCUGUCAAACAUCGGUGUUGUUGGUGGAACAUAUACAAAACCAAUAAUUCUUUCUCCGCAAAUUGUAAUCGGCGCAUUUGGAAAAAUACAAAAAUUACCACGAUUUGAUGAUAAACAAAACAUUGUAGCCACAAAUAUAAUUUCUAUUAGUUGGGCCGCCGAUCAUCGAGUAGUGGAUGGUGUUACAAUGGCAAAGUAUUCGAAUUUUUGGAAAUAUUAUAUAGAAAAUCCUCUAUUUUUAUUAUUAGGAGUAUAAAAAUGAUAUAUGUCUGAGAUAUUUUAAUAAGCAUUUUUUUAAUGGAAAUUUAUUUAUAUAUA